GGCCUCACCUCUCCACACCUUCGCCACAGAUGUACCAAUCCUCCUCUGUAAAUACUUCUUCCUGGAAUUUAUAAAACAUAUCAAUCGGAUCUUAACUGGAAACUCAUCAUCACCCUCCGACGCUCUCUGUUUAACUGGAGCAGAUGCGGAUUACUCUCUGAUAAGCACAAUAUUGGCCGGUGUAAGUUUGCUUAUAUCCUCAAACCAAUAUCUAAAGUCAAAUUAAAGGGCAGGUCUGGGUUGGUCGCUCCUCACGGAGUCGGCAGAGGACAGCGAUGCGGACUGAGAGGAUGACGCACACGUUUAGCCAGGAUGGAUCUGAUGGAUCUGAUGGAAAGAUGUGGAGCAGGAGGACGCAGAGGAGGACCGCAUAUAAAUUAGAUCCAAACAGAGACGGAAAUAUAUCAUUUUACUGGUGGUUAUUUACACAUUUACGCACUGUUAGAGAUGUAGCAGCAGAAGAAAACGGAUUUUCUUAAUUUGGGGGACUAGAGCAGUAAACAAAACCAGCAACUUUCAAGGACUGCAUAUAUUAUUCACAUAAUGAGAGAAAAUAUCUGAACAUUUGCACGGAAAAUGUUUCAUCAUAGCAUUUGUAUGGAUUUUGGACACCUUUGCCCAGGCCACACCUCUCCACACCUUCGCCACAGAUGUACCAAUCCUCCUCUGUAAAUACUUCUUCCUGGAAUUUAUAAAACAUAUCAAUCGGAUCUUAACUGGAAACUCAUCAUCACCCUCCGACGCUCUCUGUUUAACUGGAGUAGAUGCGGAUAAGCCUACUCUCUGAUCAGAUCAUUUCCCAGUCUCAUCAUCACACUGCCAAGAUGAAUUCAAAAGCAAAGGUUCUCAUUUUCCUGCUCUGUAUCACUGGCAUUGGUGUGUUUUUGAAAGGACAUGUUUCAGGAUAUCUCCUCCAGUUUCAGGACAGAAAGCCCUGUGCUUGUGACACGUGUUUAGUAGAAGAUGAGUGGUUAUUGCAGCGUGCCAACAAAUCUGCUGAACCAUUUUUAUCAGCAAAACACAACCUCUCAGAGGACGCUUUCAACUGGUGGAAGGGCUUACAGGCUGAAAGGCGCAGCUACAGUUUCUACAAGCAAACAGUGGACAAGCUGUUUCAGACAUUCCCAUCCAGUCCAGAUUUCAUAGAACAAAGCCCUGACCGCUGCAGGACUUGUGCUGUGGUGGGGAAUUCUGGUAAUUUGAAUGGAUCACAUUAUGGACGUCUGAUAGAUUUCCAUGACGUCAUCAUAAGAAUGAACACUGGUCGUACCAAAGGCUAUGAAGCAGAUGUUGGGAGCAGAACAACUCAUCAUAUCAUGUAUCCAGAGAGUGCCAUGGACUUAGAUACUACCACCCAUCUUGUGCUGUUUCCAUUCAAGAUACAGGAUCUUGAGUGGCUAAUGAAGGCCACCACCACAGGAUUUUCUGGAACGUCGUAUAUGCCAGUAAAAUCAAAAAUCAAAGCUAACAAGGAUUUGGUGAUGGUGCUCAAUCCAGCGUUCAUGAGGUAUGUUUAUGACAUCUGGCUGGAAAAGAAGGGCAGGUAUCCAUCCACUGGCUUUAUGGCUUUGGUUCUUGCCCUGCAUAUUUGUGAUGAGGUUGACGUGUUCGGUUAUGGAGCAGACAAAGAUGGAAACUGGAGUCAUUACUGGGAAAAACUCCAAAACAAAAAGUUAAAAACUGGAGUACAUCCGGGAUCUCAUGAGUAUGGAAUUAUCCAGAAGCUAGCUGAGCAAAAAAAACUCAAGUUUUAUACCGGGUGGUGAUCUUUCUCCCAGCAUAUUCAAGCCUUGAUAGCAGAUCAUUUACAAAGCAAAACAAGACUAAGAAGCCUAGGCUUUAAAGCUCAAUAGACAACUCUGCUCUGACUGACUCCUUUGCUGCACACAUUAACCCUUUGUAGGCUAAAACUGUGAUCUAUGGAGAGGUGAAGUGAAGAACUGAAAACUGUUGAGGUUGUUUAAGAUACUCAAACUGCUAAACUAUUAAGUGAAAAUUAAUUACAUUGAAGGAGAUGAAGGGUAACAGCUGUUCUGAGCAAUUUUCUCUGUUGUUAUUGUUUAUUGUAAUUUUGUGAUGUUGAUGGACACUGCUGCAAUGCAAUGUGCAACAUCAAUAGUCGAGCUUGUCAGAGAUGAAAAAGAGCUUGCUAUUGAAGUACAUGGCAGCAUGUUACAAUGCAUUGACCAUCAAUUGUCUUAAUGUGAUGACAUUUCUACAUACCUAUUUUGUCUUGUAUAAGAUUGACCUAAUAACAUCUGUAACUCAAAACAUCUUUUCAGUGUGACCAUGUUAAAAAAAAGUCAUUUAAAAGCUUUGUGGAAGGCAAUAGUAGAAGUACAUGAAGUAUUUCCUCAGCAAACAGACACACCUAAUCUUUCAGUGUUUGCAUAUGAAAACCUCCUGGGCUUGUUUACCAGGCAGAUUUCACUUCGAAGGAGUAAUAGGUUAUUUUGAUAUCCUACUGACUGAUAGAUACACACUAUGUGGAGUGCUUCUGUAAUUUUGAUACACAGCAAUGUACCGUUAACUGAAGUAGAAAAAAAUCUGUGCCAAAUGUUAUUUUCUUUUUGAAUAUAUAGAAGAAUACUACAAUAAUAAAAUUGUAUUUAUUUUAAUCAUAAAUCAGUUGUUAACAUGGAAUAACAAACGUUGGAAGGUUGGGGUCAUGGUGAACAUUUUGCUUUAUCUCAAUAGUAUCUGAUAUGGUAUCUGGGGCAAUUUUCCAUUGACAAGCAAAAAUAGAAUAUUCAUAUACACCAAGGCCACGUACACCAUAUGACAUAAGCCUACAUUUUAAAAUAUAAGCAAAUGCAUUAUAUAAUGAUAAUUUAUCAGGCUCAACACCCACUGUAGACUGUUCUCCCUGAUGAGACACGUUGUUUCAAAACUCUAUGCAUUCUUCCUCAAAUAAAACUGUAGUAGGGAAGUACCGAGCACUUUUGGAUUUCCUGUAUGUGUUACUUGUUGCUGUAUACAUUUUAAUGUUAAGCACACUGAAUUGACCUGCAAUUAAAUGAUUUGAACUUUGCCUCAAA